AUGAUUAGCCGCCUCUUUAAGGGCCGUGGCCACUCCACCGAAAAGUCCACCGACAAAACCCCAAGUCGACUCCGCGAUAUCCUCAGCUCCAACCCCAGCACCAGCAAAGCAGCACCAUGGGAUCCCCCACCCUACGAAGAACACCAAACCGCGCCCCAAAUCUCAACCGGAGAAUCAGAGUUCGACUCCCUGAAAGACUUUGACACCAUCUUGCUCGUAGACGACAGUAGCAGCAUGGACGGACCCCGUUGGCGCGAAGCCGAAGCCGCAAUAGCAGCCAUAGCCCCAAUUUGCACUGAAUACGACAGCGACGGGGUAGACCUCUACUUUCUAAACCACCGAAAGGAACGAAACGCCCCUUUCGACCACUCCUCUGGCCAUAACAGCGCCCCACACAACAUCUACCGAAAUAUCAAAAGUGCAGAGCAAGUCCGCGAAAUCUUCAGCAGCGUUACUCCGCGUGGAGCCACGCCUGUGGGGAGACGGUUAGACGAUAUCCUCACGCCGUACAUGCGGCGUGUAGAGCGGAUGCAGCAGGCACCGCGGAAUGAAGACGGGACUCUGAGUGAUCCGUCCUUGGAUGUGAAGCCCAUCAACCUUAUUACGAUUACUGAUGGCGCGUUUACGGAUGACGCGGAGAGUAUUAUAUUACAGGUUGCGGAGAGGUUGGAUCGGUGUGUGGCACGGCCGUCGCAGGUUGGAAUUCAGUUUUUUCAGAUUGGGAAUGAUGAGGAUGCUAGGCAGUAUUUGCAGGAUUUGGAUGAUAAUCUUGGGAAGCGCUGUCAGGACAAGCAAUUUCCCUUGAGGGAUAUUGUGGAUACGGUUCCGUGGAGAGGGUCUAGAGGGUCGACGUUGGAUGCGAAGGGAAUUUUAAAGUGUGUUCUAGGGGCCGUGAAUAAGAAGUUGGAUCGGAAGCAGGUGUAA